AUGUCUCACCCCAACUUCCCAUCCCACUCCCAUCUCCCCCAACCCCACCCAGCCAACAUGUCUCACCACCAACAUCCUUCCCCCAACCACCAACCCAGCCAACACUCCACCAACAACAUUCCAUUCCCCACACCCCCACAGCCAACAUGUCUCCACCACCAAUCAUCCCCAUUCCCCCAACCCCCCAGCCAACAUGUCUCCACCACCAACAUCCCAUUCCCCCACCCCACCCAGCAACAUCUCUCCCACCAAUCCAUUCCCCCAACCCACCCAGCCAACAUAGUCUCCACCACCAACAUCCUCACCUCAACCCCACCCAGCAACACUGUCUCCACCACAACAUCCUUCCCCAACCCACCCAGCCAACAUGCUCCACCCCAACAUCCCAUCCCAUUCCCAACCCCACCCAGCCAAAUCCCCACCACCAACAGUCUCCACCCCUCAACAUCCCAUCCCAUCCCUCCCCAUCCCACCCCACCAGCCAAAUCUACACCCCCAAAUCCCAUCCAAUCCCAUUCUCCCCCCAACCCCACCAGCCAACAUGCCUACACCCCCACACCCCCAUCCCACAUCCCCAACCACCACCCAGCCAACAUGUCUACCCCACCACCAACAUUCUCCACCAUCCACUCCCCAACCAAACAUCCACCAGCCGAUUCACACCCCAACACCCCACCCAUCCAUAUCCCCCCCACCCAGCCAACAUGCCUCACCACCCAGCCAACAUCCUCCACCCCACCACUUCCAGCCAAGCCUCCCCACACCCACCAGCAAAUGCCUCACCUCACCCCAACCAGCCCAACUAUCCCCACACCACCACCAGCCAACAUGUCUCCACCCCAGCCACCACUCCAUCUCCACCACCCCACCAGCAACAUGCCUCCACCACCACCCACACACAUCCUCAACCCCCACCCAACCAAAUCAAAGCACAAUUGUCUCUAUUAA